UUACAUUGACGUUAUUGACAACUGGCACUGACAGUUCCCUGACAUGCUCGAAAUUUGCUGUUGCACCAAUCCUUGAAUUUUCGGUGUUUCGCAUGGGUAUUCACAUUGCAUCGCAUUUAUUUUCGUAAAUGUAUUGUUUGUUUCGCGUAGAACGGUCGCGGUGAGGUAGAACGCAACAUCCGAGGUACUUAGGCCAAGUUUAAUAGAUUACCGCCGAGUUUUUAGAUAGCAAAAUCUGCAAUGUCCGGCACCACGAACGGUUUGAAUGGCUCGCCGAGGAAACGGCCCCGCACGGACCUGGAGACCAAAGUCACGGUGGUCUUGGGGGCGCAAUGGGGCGACGAAGGCAAAGGCAAGGUGGUGGAUAUGCUCGCCGCCGACGUAGACGUGGUUUGUCGGUGCCAGGGCGGCAACAACGCCGGGCACACCGUGGUAAUUGGUGGAGUUGAAUAUGAUUUCCACCUACUACCCUCCGGCAUCAUUCACCCCAACUCCAAGUCCGUCAUCGGCAACGGCGUGGUGGUGCACCUACCAGGCAUGUUCGAAGAAAUCGCCAAAAACGAAAAGAAAGGCCUGAAAAACUGGCAGGACAGGCUGAUCAUCUCCGAUCGCGCCCAUCUCGUCUUCGAUUUCCACCAGCAAGUCGACGGGCUGCAGGAGCAGGAGAACAACCAGAAAGGCCAAGGAUUGGGCACCACGAAAAAGGGCAUCGGUCCCACAUAUUCGUCGAAAGCCACCAGAAACGGCAUAAGGGUGGGCGAUCUGCUCGGCGAUUUCGCUCAGUUUUCCAAAAGGUUUCAAGCGCUCGCUAACUUGCACCAAAGGAUGUUUCCGUCGUUGACGGUCGACGUGGAUGCGGAACUGCGAAAAUACGCGGAGUACGCCGAGAAAAUCAGGCCUCUCGUACGAGACACCGUGUCUUAUUUGGAUAAAUCUAUCAGGACGGGGAACAAGGUUCUCGUUGAAGGCGCUAAUGCCGCUAUGCUGGAUAUCGAUUUCGGUACUUACCCGUACGUUACAUCUUCCAAUUGCAGCGUGGGCGGUGUGUGCACGGGUUUGGGCAUCAACCCGCACAGAAUAGGUGAUGUUAUCGGCGUGGUGAAAGCCUAUACGACGCGAGUCGGUGACGGGCCGUUUCCUACUGAAUUGCACGACGAGAUAGGCGAUUUGAUGCAGUCUCGCGGCGGCGAAAUCGGAGUCACCACCAAACGGAAACGGCGUUGCGGUUGGUUAGACAUCGUUCUGUUGCAGUACACCAAUAUGAUAAACGGGUACACUGCUUUGUGCCUAACCAAAUUGGACAUUCUCGAUACGUUGCCUGAAAUAAAAUUGGCCGUAGGUUAUACUUUGCGAGGCAAGAAGAUCGAGUACUUCCCUUCCACGGCGUCAGAUCUCAACAGUGUUGAGGUGGAAUACCUUACGAUGCCAGGUUGGAAAAAGAGCACCGAAGACGUUAGGGAAUUUGGCGAUCUACCACCCGAAGCUAAGAAUUACGUUAAUAAAAUCGAGGAGCUGUUGAACGUACCAGUGAAAUGGAUUGGAGUUGGAAAAAGUAGAGAUUCGAUUAUUACGAUUCAGGAUUAAUAGUGGAAAAUCGUCGUACGAUGCAAAAUAACCAAUUUUAUUAUUAGGUUAAGCGAAUCAUAAAAUAAUGUUCAGAAGUUCGUUUAGUAUGUAUGUUGUCUUUUUUUGUUAGAAUGCAGUUAAAUCGAAAAUAUUUGUUUAGAUGUGUUUUACAAACACCUAAUUUUGUUAAGACUUUAAAUAUUGAUACUUAUUAAGUACCUCAGUAGUGUUCCAUAAAAUUAUUUUACUGGAGUAUUAGCUAACCAAAAAUUAUUUGUUGAGUUACUUAAACUAAUGGAUGUCAAAAAUUCGGUGUCGUUCUCGAAAAUUAUUCUGAGGCGCACUUCAUGAAACAUUAGUGCCUAAUAAAACGGUGACUGCUUUGCAAAAGCACAAAUUUUUGAUGCAAUAUUAUGUUACUUGUUAUGUUGUAAGCGAUUUUGUUGCAUAUAUUUUAAAUAUACAUUGUAUAAUUUAA